GCUGCGCAGGAAAACGGGUAUUUUAUCCGUUAGUCCGCGGUGGUCACACUAAUUCAUUUAUUGAACGCAGGAAAACGUGUGUUGGGUGAUUUGUUAAAUUUAGUACUGGUGUUGGUGUUUGCCCGAGCUGGAAAACAAAGAAAAAUUAAGAGUGCGAUUCUCCGCCCCAUACCGUUCAGCAGCAGAAUAUCCAAAUAAGUCAAAUACGAGUAAUAUAACUAACUCAAUUUAAUCGAAAAAGGGCCAGACGAAGGAUACAAAAUGUCUGUGAUUGGCAUCGAUUUUGGCAACGAGAGCUGCCUUGUUGCGGCGGCCAGGUCUGGCGGCAUCGAAACGCUGGCCAACGACUACAGUCUACGCGCAACACCCUCCGUUGUGGCCUUCGAUGGAAAGAAGCGAAUCAUUGGCGUAGCCGCCAAAAAUCAACAGGUGACAAAUAUGAAAAACACAGUCGGCGGCUUCAAGCGUCUGCUCGGACGCAAAUUCAAUGAUCCACAUGUACAACACGAACUCACGAGCAUUCCAGCGCGAGUGGAGGCGCGCGGCGAUGGCAGCAUCGGCUUUAAGGUCAACUACUUGGAGGAGGAUCAGCACUUCAGUCCCGAGCAGCUGACUGCCAUGCUGUUCACCAAGCUGAAGGAGACCUCGGCGGCCGCGAUGCAGACACAGGUGAACGACUGUGUCAUCGCCUGCCCGAUCUUCUUUACGAACGCCGAGCGUCGGGCCCUGCUGGAUGCUGCCCAGAUUGCUGGACUGAACGUGUUGCGUCUGCUGAACGAGACGACGGCCACUGCUCUAGCCUACGGCUUCUACAAGAACGAUCUGUUCGAGGAUAAGCCAAAGAACGUUAUAUUCAUUGACUUUGGCCACUCGGCACUGCAGGUCAGUGCCUGUUCGUUCACCAAGGGCAAGCUAAAGAUGCUGGCCAGCACCUGGGACCAGAUCGGUGGACGGGACUUCGACCUGGCCGUGGCCGAGUUCUUUGCCAAGGAGUUCCAGGAGCGCUAUAAGAUCAAUGCCAAGACCAAUGCCCGAGCCAAUCUCCGCCUGCUCACGGAGAUUGAGAAGCUGAAGAAGCAGAUGUCCGCAAACAGCACUAAAUUGCCCUUGAACAUUGAAUGCUUCUUGGAGGACAUCGACGUCUCCUCGUCCAUGCAGCGCUCCCAAAUGGAGGAGCUCUGCGCUCCCGUUUUGCAGCGCGUCGAACAGACCUUCAAGCGUCUGCUGGCCGAAUCGAAGCUGCAGCUCGAUGAUAUACACUCUGUGGAGAUUGUUGGCGGCAGCUCGCGCAUUCCAUCCGUCAAGCAGCUCAUCGAGCAGGUGUUCAACAAGCCGGCCAGCACCACCCUCAACCAGGACGAGGCCGUGGCGCGCGGUGCCGCCCUCCAGUGCGCCAUCAUGUCGCCGGCUGUGCGUGUCCGGGAGUUCGGUGUGACCGACAUACAGAACUAUGCCGUGAAGGUACUGUGGGACAGCGAGGGCUCGGCCGGACCGGGAGAGAUUGAGAUCUUCCCACAGUUCCAUGCCUCGCCAUUCAGCCGCCUGCUGACCAUCAACCGCAAGGGGCCCUUCAAUGUGUCGAUUGUUUAUGGGCAGCAGGUCCCAUAUCCCGAUCAGACCAUUGGCGUGUGGAAGGUCAAGGAUGUCAAGCCCAAUGAGCGCGGCGAGGGUCAGGAGGUCAAGCUCAAGGUGCGCAUCAACAGCAACGGCAUUUUGCUGAUCUCCUCGGCCACUCUGGUGGAGAAGAAGGAAGCUGAAGAGGCUGCUGCUGCCGCCGCCGCAGCAGAGCAGGCUGCCAGCGAGGAGAAGUCCAGCGAACAGGCCAGCAACUCUGGCGAGACCGCCGACGGCCAGCAGGAGGCAUAUUAUGAGAAUGAGGAUGAUAAUAAUGCAUCAACAGCCUCAUCACCUGGCGGACAAGGGUGGGCACAGCGGGUCAAGGGCUGGUUUAGUUCGGGGUCCGAUAAGAAGAAGAAGGGCGGCAAGGCCACUGAGCUGCCUCUGGAGGUGUCCACACACGGCUUCAGCCCCGUGGAUCUAAGCAACUACACACAGCAGGAGGCCAAAAUGAUUGGCAGCGACCUGAAGGAGACGGAGCGCAUCGAUGCCAGAAAUGCAUUGGAGGAGUUUGUCUACGAUAUGCGCAACAAGCUGCAGGGUGGAUCCUUGGAGCGGUUCGUGCUGGAGUCGGAGCGCGAGGCGAUUGUGUCGCAGCUAAAUGAUCUCGAGAACUGGCUGUACGAGGAUGGCGAGAACUGCGAACGUGAGACGUAUGCCAAGCGUCUGGAGGACCUGCAUAAGAAAACGGACCCCAUCAAGCAGCGGGCCAACGACUACGAUCAGUGUCCAGCUGUGUUUGAGGAGCUGAAGGGCAGCAUUGCCAUUGCCCGCUUGGCGGUGGCAGAGUUCCGCAAGGGUCUGUCCAAAUACGAUCACCUGACGGAGACCGAGUUCAUCAAUAUCUCGGAGACAGCGGAAAAGGCCCAAAAAUGGCUGGAUGUCAACCUGGCCAAGUUCACGCAGUCGCCACGCACCAACGAUAGUCCCGUCCAGCUGACGGCAGUUCGCUUCGAGGUGCAGUCUCUGAAUGCCUGCGUCAGCUCGGUGGUCAACCGUGCGAAACCGAAGCCGGCUCCGGCCAAGACGGCGACACCGCCCAAGGAUGCCGAAGCGAAUGCCGAGCAGAACGGAGGCGAGCCCACUGGCAAGGCUGGCGAUAAGAUGGACGUGGACAACAAUGCACAGAGUGCGUCCGAUCCCAAUAUGGAUGUGGAGUGAUGUGUGGGCCGCACCAGCCGCCUGUCCGUCCUCCCAUCAACAACGGUAUUGGCUACAAAUAAUAAUAAUAUAAUAAUAACGAUAACUUAACGGUCAACAUACGAAACAUAUAUGAAAGAAAAUUGUAUAUGCACGCGCUUCAGGACUAGCAAACUAUACAUUACACAAUAAAAGCCACGAAAAAUCUACACAAUCAAGGAACGGAAACAGAAAAAACAACCAAACCAACCAAUACAAAUAUUUAAGAAAAAUCUGAUUAAAUGCAGCCUGCAGCUGCCAUUGCAAGACCUGCUAUAAAUGUGGGACAAGCACGGGAACAGGAGGAGGAAGCAAACGGAGCUGGAGUUGGAGCUGCUGCAUGCUGUGUGGAUAUUGCUACACAAAAAUUAACAAAACAAUUUCUAAUCGACCAUUUUUCAUAUAUUUGAAUAACAAAAACAACCAAGCGACACUAAAUGAAUGGAAUUUAAAUAAUCAAAUAAAACAAAGAUGAUUCCAAAUAAA